AUGGAUAACAUACCGUACCCACCCUUUUCAGGUGGAUUUUCUGCUCUUUGGUUCGCUCAAAUGGAGGCAGCAUUUGAUGCAAAUCUAGUGUUUGACGAGAUAGACAAGUAUAAAUACACUAUAGCACAUGUUCCUACGACGUACUUAUCUUUAAUUCAGGAUUUUAUACUAAAUCCGCCAGAUGUAGAAGACGUAUACGAGGCUUUCAAGCACGAAUUUAUCAAGCGACUGACAAUACAACAUGUAAAACGCCAGCCUUAUGGGAACGAAAAACCAUCAGAAUACCUGCGUAAACUUAGAAAAAUUGCUGGUGGACGUGUUCCUGAAGACAUUGUUUUAAAUACCUGGCGGAAUAAUCUACCAGAAAAUGUGCGUCAAAUAUUAAGUGUGGAUAAUACUCGUACUACGGAUCAAAUGUGUGAAUUGGCAGAUAUGGUGACAGCAAUGUCAGCACCAGUACCAGUACCUACACCUUCAGCGCAAGAAACAUCUGAAAAAGCUAAAAUGCAAGCGCGCCUGCAAGCCCUCGAGAAACGGGUCGGUAUAAUAAUUCAACGUUACAUCGGCGGUGAGCAUAUGCUAGGGUUGGCCGAGCAACCACCACCGCCGGCACAAAAUAGGCUUCCAAUGCUGGAAAGAUAA